AUGAACUUAUUACCAAAAACACACGAAGAAUUUAGUCAAGUUGAAUACUGGAAUACAUUCUUCAAAAAACGUGGUAAAAAGAGUUUUGAAUGGUAUGGAGAGUAUCCAGAAUUAUGUAAUAUAUUUUUAAAGUAUAUAAAAGUAAAAGACAAUGUUUUAAUUGUUGGUUGUGGCAAUUCGACUGUUAGUAUGUGUUUAUAUGAUGCUGGUUACAGAAAUAUUACUAACAUUGAUAUAUCUCAUAUUGUUAUCAAACAAAUGCGUGAUAUUAAUAUAUCUGUAAGACCAGAGUUAGUUUAUGAACAUAUGGAUGCUACACAAAUGAAAUAUUCUGAUGAUACAUUUAAUGUCAUUAUAGAUAAAGGUACUUUAGAUACUCUUAUGCCAGAUACUAAAGAAGGAACAAUAUCUGUUAUUAAUAAAUAUUUUAAGGAAAUUACAAGAGUCCUGCGUAAUGGAGGCAGAUACAUCUGUAUCUCUUUAUUACAAGAACAUAUUUUGAAACAACUUUUAUUUUAUUUUCCAAAUGCUGGAUUCAUGUUUCGUAUAGUACGUUGUCAUGAAGCAGAAGAAAAAGCACGAAUUGAAGAUGGAAGUUCAAUCCCAGUUUUUGCAGUGAUUGCUACAAAAUUUACAAACUUAUCACAGACUGUUCUGGAAGUAGCACUUGUUGAGGGUUCUCCACGACGAUUGUCAUCAAUAGAUGACAUGAUAUCAGCUAUAUUGUCAGUACAACAAUUCGUAUUUAUUUUCAACAGUCUUCAAAAACGUAGUGUAGCUGAUAUUGGAGAAAUCUCAUUUAAUUUAUAUUCCCCUGAUAAUAAACAUCCACGUUAUACAGUUUACGUUUUAGAUCAACCCAAGAUACGUGGUAUAAAAAGUUAUGCAGCUUUUAUAGUACCACAUGCAAAAGAAGCAGACUGGCUAUUUAGUACAAAAGAAGGUAGACAGCGCGUUUUGGAGAGCUCACAAUAUGAUAGACUUGCCAUUGUGACAUUAUGUAGGAAACAUAAAUUUGAAAGCUGGGAUGCUAUAAAAAGUGAAAUCGAAGACUGUAUUUUGAAUUUAGCACCACAAGGUUUAUCUGCAAAGAGUGAUAUUCCAUUUUUAUCCAUGGGUACAGAUGUUGGGGUCAGAAAUAUAUGUUAUGAAGGAAAAAGUGAUAUGAGUGGUCCUUUCAUUGUUGAAGAGAUUGAAAGAGAUGGUAUUGAAUUUAGAAGAUUAAUUUUUUUGAAUAUUCCUUAUGUUAUACAAAGUGAAGCUCGACUUAAGCAGGUUAAGUCUAGACGAGGUAAAAUGAAAAAAAUUGUUAAUCCUUUAAUCUUAGCAUGUGAUCAUCAUUCAUACAUGAGCAUUGGUGUUUGUGCUUUGAUGAAUCCUAAAGAAUGUAAUGAAAUAAUGAUUAUAGGUUUAGGUGGAGGUAGUUUGUGUACAUUUUUGUAUAAUAUUCUUCCUAAGUUAAAAAUUACAGCAAUUGAAAUUGAUGAGAAAAUGUUAAAAGUUGCUACAGACUAUUUUGGUCUUAUUCUUGAUGAUAGAAUGAAGGUUGAAAUUGCGGAUGGAAUACAAGUCAUAAAAGAAACUGCAAUAAGCGGCAAAAAAUAUAGAGCUAUACUUUUUGAUGUGGACAAUAAAGAUACUACAGUUGGAAUGAGUUGUCCACCUAAACAAUUUUUAGAAUUGCCUAUUAUAAAAUCAGUUGCCGACUGUUUAACAAAUGACGGUUUUUUUAUUUUGAACUUAGUUUGUCGAGAUCGAAAUAUUAAAAAGAAAGUGAAAAACGAUCUGAAAACUAUAUUUCAAUUCAUGGUAUGUUAUUCUGUACAACAUGUAGUAAAUGAAGUUAUAAUAUGUUCCGUAAAUCAAAAUGAUGAUAUCAAACGUAAGCGUUUGACAAAAGCAGCUGUUCCAAUUUUAUAUGAACAAAUGUCUGCAAGUAAGUUAUUAAAGGAUACAAAUAUAUUUGACAUAUCAGGUUUAUGUGGAAGAACUCCAUAA